AAUGAAAGUAGACAUGUGACCUGUUACAAGAUACAAGUGAAAGUACACUUGCAGAAUACACUCAGUUUGAAAAGGAACACAUAUAUAUUGUAUAUAUUUUCCCAGGUUUGAAACUCUGCUUAUCAUACAGUGAAAUCAUCCGGCUUUAAAUUUUGAAGUUUGAAGAUGGGAUGUUUUAAGAUACUUGUAUUACUUAAUGUAUUAUGGCUUACAACCUUCACCACUGCUUAUUUAAGACCUAUAAUUGGUGUUGUAUCUCAAAAGUCCUCUGGUGGCCAUGGUGACACAGGAAUACCAGCAGACUACAUUAAAUGGAUAGAAAGUGCAGGAGGUGGUGUUGUACCAAUAAGGGACCAAGAAUCUGAAGAAUACUAUGAAAAAAUGUUUACAUAUACUAAUGGAGUACUGCUUCCAGGAGGAGGUGUAGAUCUGUUUACGUCAGGCUAUGCGAAUGCUUCAAGAUACUUUUAUGAGAUGGCACUGAAGGCUUAUGAUAAAGGUGACUAUUAUCCUGUAUGGGGAACAUGUUUAGGAUUUCAGGAGUUAUCUGCCCUUACUGCAGGAGUAUUGGUGACAACAAAUGCCAGUGUAUGGGACAAGUCUCUUCCAUUGAAUUUGACUGAAGAAUACAAAGAAAGUCGUAUGUUUGGUACUCUUCCUGAUGAUGUCAAGACCUAUCUAAUGAAGGACAAUGUAACACCUAACUUCCAUUCAUACGGUGUAACAGUUCAGACUUACAAUAGUAACUCCAGACUAAAGAAAUUUUUUAAAGUGUUGUCAACAAAUGUAGCUUCAAAUGGGAAAGAAUUUCUCUCAACAGUAGAAGCACAUAAAUAUCCUGUAUAUGGUAUACAAUGGCAUCCAGAGAAAAGUAACUUUUUAUGGAACAGUAGAUAUACUGGAUUAGUACACGACUUUCAGUCCAUACGGGUCUCACAACACUUUGCUAACUUUUUCAUCAGUGAAGCCAGAAAAAAUAAGCACAAGUUCCCAAGUGUUGAGAUGGAAGCUAAGUCAUUGAUUAACAAUUAUCCAAUCUGGUAUACAGCUGAUUCCUCAUUUGAAGAGAUGUAUUUCUUCAACUAUACAAUUAAUUAAACUAUGUUUAUGAUUCCAGUUGUUGUGACUUUUAAACAAAAAAUCUUAUUUUAAAUCUACAUAGAAUUUUAAACCAAACAAUCUUUCACCAGAGGUUAAGGUGCCUCUGAUAGACUUUUUUAUACUUUGUCAACAUGUACAUUUAAACAUGUUAUUUCAGAAGCAUAAUAAAAAGUAUAGGUCACUGACUCACUAUGCUAUUUAUCAAGCUACAAGUCCUGACGAAUUGCCAAAUUUUGAGAAGAUAAUUCUUAAAAAACA